AUGAAGCACCACGUGCACAUUUUGGUGUGCGUCUCGGUGAUUUUAGGCACAGUCAUCGAGAAUGUCGAUGGCUCGUUGCGAGAUCGCCUAGACAUUGUCGAAAUCGAUCGGGCGAUUCGACGAUUCAAACGGAAUCCGUUUCAACGAUCCGGCCGAUCGUCAAGCGAUUCGGAUUUGAGGGAGAAGGAAGACGAUGAUGAUUCGAGUUCGACUACCUUCCAGGGCGACCCGCACGACUACUGCGACAAAUUCGAGCAGCACUUCUCAUUCUACUGCAUCGGCGAGAUCGACAGAAGCGGCAAAACCGACUAUGUGCUUAAAAAAUUCUGUCCGUCUUAUAAGCAAGCGUGUCCGAAUAAGCCGAUAACGAGCUCGGUGUCGCUGACCUCAUGGCCGACGGACCCGUUCGAGAAGAAGAUCAGCAUUCCGACGAGAAGCGAACACCUCGAGGAGAGCGGACGACAUCAUGCGAAAACGACGAGAUUGGAAUCGUUGGAGGAUUCGAAGGAAUCCGCCGAGGAUGAGGAGCUUUACUAUGUCGAGUUGAGGAAACGCUAUCCAUGCAAGCCGGAUUGCGAUCGUCGAAUUUUUCCGCACUGCACCGAAGAAUGCAAGUGCGACUACAUCUAUCCAGCCGUUCAGCGCUUCUGCAAUCCGCCGCCGAUGCCAAUCUUUUUGAACACGUGCCGCUUAUGGUAUCACGGAUGUCCAAAAUACGAGCAAUACCAUUACGCGUCGCAAUUUGUGCACUCAAAAGCCGAAAAAGGAAAAGUUUUGCCCGGCUCGGCGUCGUCAACCGCAGCCCAAUAUGGUCUCGAUCCGAAUCAAGCGUCGACGUCAUUGCGAACGCAUCGAGCGUUGGCGUUAGCGCCAAUCAGACGCAAUAAGCGAAGUGAAGGAACUGAGCUCGAGCUCAUCGUGCCGCCGCCAAUUCCACACCCAACACAAUUGGCGGACUCGAGAAAAAUCCAAGACGAAAUCGAGAUGAGUGAUGCUCUAACCGCACCAAGAUCGCGAGCGAUUCUUCACGAGAAGCUCAAACAGAAGACGAAGAAUAGGAGAAGCUCGAAGCGAAGGAAGCUUCACCGCAAACGACGCCAUCAUCGGAGAUUUUCGCUCGAGCCACUUUCCACUACAGCCCGUCCAGCGACACCCAAAGAAGUGUGGCGAACCCUCAAAGCGCUCAACUCUCUAACAAAUGGCGGUAUUGGGCUUACCAGAUCGCCAGCGACACUUAAAGGCGGCCAGGCGGGACCUGGCGGCCUCGACGGAUUGAUCCAAUCCGUCACCCAGCCGAAACCUCAUGAAGAAGCUGCACGUGAAUGGGCCAACGUUGCGCAAAAUCCGGAUAAAUUCACGAAGGACGUUGUGCAGGCGGCGAGCGGCAGCGCGACGACGACUGUCGACGUUAACGACGAGGUGAACUCGACGAAACUCGAAGAACCCGUCGAUUUUUCAAGUUUGAAGACGCGUCUUCUCGCCGCGAACGCCGCGAAAACGGUGAUGCUCGACGAAAAAAAUGGGAAACCCAAAGCGUUCCAAGGUUCGAUUCCGGUGUUGGCGACCGAGGCCGCCCAGUCCGACGACACGUUCAAAGCGUUCGACGGUCUGUCGGAUAGUCGCGGUUUGGUGCACGUGCCGAGAACGUCGAGUCCGUUCACGAAGCCGGGACUCUGGGAGCCGAAUCCGGCGGAUCCGCACAGUCGAGAUCCCACCAACAAAUACUGGUACCAUCCCGAAUCGGUCAUGGUUGAUUGGCUAAACGGACAGAUGACUUGGGGUGCUCAUUGGGCGGUUCCAGCCGCCGGCGUCGGAGGAACUGACGGCUUCUCGUCUCUCCACUUCCCAAGUGUCGGAACAUUCUUGAACAUUCCUGACGAUUACGACUAA